UAGAAACCUAGAAAACUAGAAAACCAAAACUAACUGAGCAUUUUAAUUUUUAAUUAAACCUCAGAAGUCAGAGUCCUCAGAUUACUUAAUCUGAGAAGUACGUGUGCGGUUGAUGUAAAUAAGAAUAAUAAUAAAUUUUGUGAAUAAUAAAGUAUACACGUAAUCAACAAGUAGGGUCCACAUUGUAUAUUGCGUUUUGUUCAAUUGUUCAUAUCAAAAAUGUCUAAUUCUCGUGGAAUGAGAAGUUGGUAUAGUCAUGGUGAGAGAAGUUUUCAAGGCAAUAGAGGGCGGCAUACAAGAAGUCGACCACCUGGUUUGAAAGGCAAAGAAAUUGGUCUCUAUUAUAAAAACCUUUAUAAAAAAAAUAAAAAAAAGGACAUAGUGAUAAAUCUUACAAUUCCAUCUGCUAUAAUAUCUGCUAUAAAUAAAAACUUAAUAUUCAUAGAAACUGUUGCUAAAACUGAAAAUAUAGAAUUGUCAUUCACAAAUAUAUUUGAACCCCGUAUGAAACCAAAAACUGACACAAGUAAAAGAAAAGAAAGUCCUCCUGAAGAGUAUGAUAUUGCUGAUAAGAGAUAUAAAGAAGGUACUAAUAUUUCCCUUAAAAAUGUUUUGGUACCUAAUUUCAAGACUGAUGCAUAUUUGAAUGAGAAUGAAAAGAUUUUACUAAAUGUAAAUGAUGAGACACAUAAUGAGGUUAGGGAUGAACACAUUUCAUUAAAUAAUAUAUGUAUUAAAAGUGAACCCAGUUCAUUAAGCACACUGAAUGAUAUACCUAUUAAAAAUGAGCCAAGUUCAGUAAGUAUGCUAGAUAACAUACCUAUUAAAAAAGAACCCAGUUCAUUACCUAUUCCUGAUUACAUAUCUUUUAAAAAUGAAAAUCUAAUGAAUGAUUGUUUGAACUCUGAAAAGAUAGGGUUAAGAGGAGGACAUUAUAAAUAUGGGUAUCAAGAUAUCAUUACUGGAACAUUUGAUGAGAAAUUAGCAGAAGUUUUAACACUAGGUAUUCAAAUAGCUUCUAACAAUGAUGGUGUUAGAAAAUUAAACAAUGAUUACUAUACAGAAUACAAUGAAAUGCUAGGAAGGUUGUCUUAUAAUAAAAUGUUACAAUUUCGUGAAACCUUACCUGCUUAUAAGAAAAAAGAAAAUAUAUUAGACAGUAUUGAUAAAAGUCAAGUACUAGUGAUAAGUGGUGAAACUGGCUGUGGAAAAUCUACACAGAUUCCUCAACUUAUAUUAGACAGAGCUAUGAAAAAUAAGACGGGGGCAAAUGUAAAAAUACUUGUCACUCAACCAAGAAGAAUUGCGGCAUCUACAUUAGCCAUGAGAGUUGCUAAAGAAAGAUCUGAAACACUUGGAAAUUCUGUAGGAUAUAGUGUCCGAUUAGAUAAGGUAGAGUCGAGGACUCGUGGUAGUAUUAUGUUCUGUACCACUGGAGUGCUAUUAUCCGAACUUGAGAGUAAUCAAGCAUUGUCAAACUUUAGUCAUAUAAUACUGGAUGAGGUGCAUGAACGGGAUACUCAUGUAGAUUUGGCUAUGGCCAUGCUGAAACAGAUACUAAAAAAACGAAAAGACUUAAAACUGAUACUUAUGAGUGCUACGUUAGAUGCAGAAGUAUUGUCAACGUAUUUUGACGAUUGUCCUGUAGUGUACAUAGAAGGGCUUGCUUACCCCGUUACAGACGUUUAUCUAGAAGAUAUUCUGAAGCUAACCGACUACCAGAUACCGAAGAAAAAGGAAAAGAAGCAAAAAUGGAAAAAACAUGAAAAGAAAGGCAAAAGUAAGGCGAAUGAAAUGGAGACGGAUAUUCAAUAUAAGGCUGAAAUUGGACCAUGGCUGGAAUCAAUAAAAAACAAUAUACCACGUGAUGUAUACAAAACACUCCAAGAUCCGCAAAUAGAAGAAUUAAAUAUAGACUUAAUAGUUGAACUCCUAAAAUACAUAUGCAAGGGUGAGCCAGGAGCAAUACUUGUGUUCCUCCCAGGGAUUGGGGAUAUAACUAAAUUAAUGCAAUGUAUGGAAAUAAACGGGUUUUCGAACGGAAAAUACGAAAUUUAUCCGUUACAUUCAAAAUUAGCGUCACUAGAACAGCGCAAGAUAUUUAUGAAGCCGCCGAUUGGUGUUCGUAAGAUAAUAUUGGCCACUAACAUAGCUGAAACGUCGAUAACAAUUGAUGAUAUAGUAUAUGUUGUUGAUUCUGGGAGGAUUAAAGUUAGCGGUUUGAAUGUUGAUGAGAAUAUUUCUACGCUGAAAACUGAAUGGGUGUCUAAAGCUAAUUUACAUCAGAGGCGUGGUCGAGCAGGUCGUUGCCAACCUGGCAUUUGCUAUUACCUAUUAACGUCAUACCGCGCGGGAAAACUUGCCGAUCGGCUUUUACCAGAGCUACAAAGGAGUAAUUUAUUAGAACCGGUGUUGAUGUUGAAGAAAUUAAGACUCGGUUUGGCCAAUACGGCAUUUCAGAUGGUCCCGUCUCCGCCCGCUGAGAAAACAGUGGAGUGGGCUGUGAGGCACUUGCAGAAAUGUGGUGCCUUGGACAAAACAGAGACCUUGACACCAUUGGGAUGGCAUUUAGCAAGACUUCCAGUUCAUCCCGCAGCUGGAAAAUUAUUAUUGUUCGGAGCUCUAUUUGGGUGCUUGGAUAGAGCAGCCAGUGUUGCAGCAGUAUGGAGCUUCAAAGAUCCAUUUCUACUUGUUAUCGGCAAAGAAUUCGAAGUUAAAUCUGUAAAGCGGUGCCUGGCGAUGGGUGAGCCGAGCGACCAUGUAGCGAUGUCUGAAGCGAUAAUGCAAUGGGAAAGUUGUUCAUACAGAGACCGUCGUUCCUUCGCCUUUGAUAAUUUCCUUUCAAACAACACAUUGGAACUGCUAAUCGAUAUGAAGAAACAGCUGGGUGAAAAUCUCAAGCAAAUGGGAUUUCUUUCGAGUAGUAACCUCCAGGCUCAAUGGGAGAACAGGAAUUGGAAUAAUAUUAGCCUUUUCAAAGCAAUUGUAGCUGCAUCGUUAUAUCCAAAUGUAGCACAAGUGCGUUGGACCAAUUUAAAAAGCUACAAGAAACCACCAUCUAUUAUCGCAUAUUGCCCUGAAGAUGGCAAAGUCAAGGUCCAUCCCAGUAGCGUUAUGGCUACUGAAUAUGGUAUGCAAAGGCACGAAAAAAUUUGCACUAACCCCGGGGCUAACUGGUUGGUCUAUUGGCUGAAGCAAAAAUCCUCUGACCUCUUCCUUAUUGAUGUCAACCUGGUAUAUACACUGCCGCUAUUAUUCUUUGGAGAAUUUAGUGUUAAAGAAGAUCUUGAAAAUCCAGAGGAUUGCCUUAUAUCUGUAACCAAAAAUAUAAACGUACGAUGCAACAAAAAUUCGGCGAACACAAUACUGAAGUUGAGAAUUCUACUUGACCAAGUACUGGCGAACAAAGUUAUGGAAACAUGCCCACGUUCUGUGAAACAAAGCCAAUUCGAAGACGAGGUUUUAAAAACCGUGAUUGAACUUAUUACAGCGGAGGAUGAACAAGCUAAUUACAUUGAUGAUGAUGGAUCAGAAGCGUCAGACGAUUACCGGAAUUAAUUUAUUUAUAUUAAAAACUUUUUAGAAUUAAAUCUUUAACUAAAUUGUGUGAUCUUUAAGUAAAAGUCGUGAAUGAUGUAUCUUUAAUGACUCUACAAUCUAUAAGUUACCGAAGUUAAGAUAACAAUACAAACGAUUGUCUAGUCAUAAGAAAUUGAUCUCGUCAACAGGUAUCAUAAAUAAAUUUAAUAAAAAUAUGUACAUAUAAUCCAGUU